AUGGUAGAAGUGAUUGCCAAGCAUCAAAACCGUAAAGAAGCCAAAAAAGAUGCUGUGUUUAAACAACUGCAGGCGCGUACAAAUGAUGAUAUCUUGGCCAUACUAGAAGAACUCACAAAGACAUUACAACAAAGGGAUUCGGAUCAUGUUGUAGAUCAUUUACCUUCUGUGCCUACACAUUUGCCUUCAAAACAGAAACUUGUUUCACCACCUACCACACCUUCUUUUAUGAAGAUGCCCGAACCGGAACCCACGCUUCAGCCAAUCCAAUUGCCUACACCAAAUAAAGGUCUCCAUAUACCACCUAUGUUGAUCGUCGAUCCUAGACAGUUGGCUUCAUGGAUUGUAAAGACACCUGAUAUACAACCCAGUGUGUUAAUUCUGGAUGUAAGACCUCGUCAAGUAUUUGAUCAAGGAUGCAUUAAACAUACCUGGAUUGCACAAAUUGAACCCUUGGUCUUAAAUCAAGAUGUGUCUUCUUCAAAGAUAGAAUCCUCCCUUGUGUUGAAUCCAGAGGCAGAACAAAAGAUAUUUGCCGGUCGUCAUCAUUUUGAUCUGAUUGUCUAUUAUGAUCAACACUCACAGUCGAUUCAAACACCUAUCUUGAGUCAUCUAAGACAGGCGAUUUAUGAGAUGGAAUUCAAUAAGGUACUGCAGCGUGCACCCAUCAUGUUGGCAGGUGGAUUUGAUGCUUGGAAAUCAGUGAUUGGUGACAAGGGCAUCUUUUGUUCUGCACCAGAACAGACGACCAUGUCACAUAAGAAGCAUUGGUUACAAGAGGUGGUGGGUACACCUACACCUGUCAAAGUGCACCAUACCAUUUACGACUAUUUUAGUUACCCUCAUACGAAUGAACGCAAAGAAUCCAUGAGUCAAUCCACACCUCCAUUGCAAGGUAUUUUUAGCCAUACACUCUAUCAGCCACCUGCAGAUCAACCGAUUCGCAUGCCUAUACCUCAUACUCAACCCAAUACGACCAAGCUCAGUCGUAAAAAGACAUUUAUUGAUAAUCCUUAUUAUGGAUUUACAACCACCACCAAUCAACAGUUUGAUAUACCACCUUCACCUGCUAAACCACCUCCUUUGCCACCUAAGCCUAUCUCACCUGAUUUGCACCGUACAGCACCUGUCUCAGACAAUGCGUUUUCUCAAGUAGGUCAUGUGAUGAUUGGCACCACAGGCCUCAAGAACCUAGGCAAUACAUGCUUUAUGAACUCAAUCAUUCAAUGCCUUAGUGGCACCAUUCCUUUUGCUCGUUAUUUUAUCUCGGGCAUGUUUCGUCAACAUAUCAACAAACAUAACUUUCUAGGCACAGGGGGUGUUCUGGCUGAAGGAUUUGCUGAUUUGCUACGUACGAUGUGGAGUGAAAACUACAAUUUCAUUUCACCUGUGGAUUUCCGUGAAGCCCUGAUUCGAUUUGCACCCCAAUUUAAAGGGAGUGAACAACAUGAUUCACAAGAAUUUCUGAAUUUCUUGUUGGAUGGAAUUCAUGAAGACUGUAAUUUAGUCAUCAAGAAGCCAAGUCCUGUAGAAGAGGAUGAAGCCUGGUUUGAAUCUUUGCCGGAUUGGCAAGCAAGUGCUGUUGCUUGGGAACGGUAUUUGGAGCGAAAUUCAAGUAUUGUCGUCAGUCUGUUUCAAGGACAAUAUCGAUCUCGACUCACUUGUCUUACGUGUCAUGCUACUUCCACAACGUAUAAUGCAUUCAUGUCCUUGUCGUUGCCUAUUCCUGCUCAACGUACAGGUCCCUCCAGUGUUUCGAUCUAUCAAUGCUUGGAUUAUUUUGUACAACAAGAAAUCUUAGAGGGUGAUGAUGCAUGGCAUUGUCCCAAGUGUAAAACACUUCGUCGUGCUAGUAAAGCAUUGACACUGUCCAAGUUACCUGAUGUCUUGUUGAUCCAUCUCAAGCGAUUCUCUUAUGAUGGACCCUUUAAAGACAAACUAGAGACCAAUGUGGAAUCACCCAUGAUUGGACUGGACCUGUCGAGUUAUAUACCGUCUUCUAUGUUUCAACAACCACCUGAGAAAUCAACAACAUUUCGCUAUGAUCUCUAUGCUGUCUCGAAUCAUUAUGGUUCAUUGACAGGUGGCCAUUAUACAGCCUGUGUUCGUAAUGGCUAUAAAAGCGAAUGGCAUAAUUUUGAUGAUUCUCGAUUCUCUGUCUGUGAUCCUUCCAAAGUGCUUACAAGAGCAGCUUAUAAUUUAUUUUAUGUAAGAUCGACUGUAAAAUAA